AUGGCAGCGCCAGCUAGAGGCGAUCCCGCAAACACCAAGGCCCAGUCUGAGGCCAUGCGAGUGCAGAUCCUAGAUCAGGAAAUUGCGGCUCUCGUCGACCCAGCGCUUGAGCCUCUUAUCUCAGAUGCACAGCACGCGAGCAUCCGAAACUCCGAAAAAGAAACUAGCUUGAAACUCUACCACGAGGCAAACGCUGCUCACGGCUUGAAACCCGACGACCGCUUCGAAAUCUUACCUCUAAAAAAGGGCAAAGUUUGGCUAUGCCAAUUCGAACGCCGACUGGAAGAACGAUGUGCGACGCUGCGGCUCAAAGUGGUCUCAUACUCGCUGCAGCUUGCUAUGGGUGAAAAUGACAAAGAUAGAUUGCGACAGUAUGUUGAGAGCCGAGCGAGACUCCGCUUCGAAUACCAAACGAUGCGACGUUUUUGGAUCUUGAAGAAGAAUUAUUUGCAGGAGAAAGAGAAGCUAGCCUCGGGUACUCGGAAGCUGUCGUAUGGUCAAAUGGUGAUGCGUUGGCAGGCGCUGCAGGGCUAUGGUGGUAAUGGCAGUCGCAGCAACUGA